UGGCAAUGGAUUUCUGUGCUACGAGAUUCGCCCAACUCUCUAGUCGUCGGAGUGAGGAACAAUGGAGAGCCUAUCUCAACCACAGUUCGACAUGCGGGUCGGACCCUUUUCGACCACAACCUUGUAGCGAUAUCACUUGUUAAUAUUGGUGUAUCUACACUACAUUUUCAACAUUGUAAAUUGAUAACAGCGGUUGCCGAACUUAAUGCUGCAUACAAACUCAUAGAUCAACCACGGCGAUCUUGGUACGUAAGUUGA